UCCCCGUUUGUUAUUUCGUUUCCAUGAGUCAUGCCACAAACGGCGUGUUCUCCGCAUGGCUUGGUGGUUUCCGGGAGCCGCUGGUGUAUAAAAGAGCGAGGAUAUUGCGCGUAGGGAGGUGUCUGCACUUGUCCAGAACACGCGCUUAGGCUUGACGCCCCAGACACUACACCACCGCGACAAGUCUUCCUGCUUAGACGCGCUCUGCUCUACCACUACUCCGUAUUCUUAUCCUUCAACGCAGCGCGACACCAGCGCGUGUAUACAGCCACCACACUAGACCUAGACCUAGAACGCGACAGAAUGUACGCCCCCAUCACCGCCACGUGGAUCCUCCCCCUUUUCCUCUCCCUCCUCGCCCUGCUCGGCACGGCCCUUGGAGCACCGGCGCCUCUUGUCCUUCCCAGCGAGGUCGACGUUAAAGCUAACGCGAAUGCGACCGCUACAGCGAAGAGCGAGCUGGAGAGCCGACAGUAUUAUUCGGAGCAGCGGCUUACUUAUUAUGAGCCUGGGCUGGGUGCUUGUGGGUGGGAGAGCACGGCUGACCAAUGGGUCGUGGCGCUGAGCGUGGAUAUGUACGGCUCGGGCGGCUACUGCGGACAGAGUGUUACGAUUAAUUAUAAUGGGAACCAGCAGACUGCGACUGUCGUUGACGAGUGCGAGGCGUGCCCGUACGGCGGGCUGGACCUCUCGCAGGGCCUGUUUGGGUCGCUCGCGGCGCUCGAAGUGGGCGUCAUAUACGGGAACUGGUGGUUCGACUAGACUAGAACGCGCCUGCAUACCGUCGCUCCAAACAUUAUGAGUGGGCUGGAACCGCCACCAUCAAUAUUAGAAGGCUAGAUGCACAGCGCCGGAAAGCUGGGGCUUUUAUUUUUUAUGUGUCUUUUGUGUGUGUUAUGGAUGUAUGUAGUUUCUACGCACGCAGUCUUUCUUUUGUGUCUUCCUGUCUUUCAUUACCUCUUUCUUUUUUUGGUUGUUGUAUUGUUCUUUGGGUGUGGCCUUGAAGGUCGCUGAACGGCGGCCGGUCGUAUUGUAUUGUGU